GAAUCGUUCGUUAGUAUUCGCGUCUUCGAAUGUCAGUCGAUGGAAAACGUGCGCUCGGAUCGUUUGUACAAGUAGGUGCGGUUACGUUACCGCUACCUCUACCUACGCUUUGUCUUAUCGUGCCCACACUGACACCACUGUGAAUCUGUGUUUUAUCGAUUUCAUGUGCGAAAAUUUUCCAUUUGUUUGGCAUUUUGUGGAAAACAGAUGAUUUUAUUAUUGUGUUAUUAGUUACUCAUGCAGAUUGAAAACAAGUGUCAUUGGACAAGAUCAGUCAUCCAUUUAGUGCAAGUGUGUUCGACAUAAACCGUUUGUGAUAGUGCCAUACAAUCGUUUGGGAACAAAUCAAGGUUGCAUAAGAUUCAAGAAACCGGAUAAGAGCUACAAACGUUGAGCUUCGCAGUUGGAGAUCAAUUCUGCUAUCCGUGGUUGGCACCAACGUUAAGUCACCGGAAGAGCCAAUGUUAUUUUAAGAUCUUCACACAUCCCUUGAGGGAGACCAGCGAUGGUGGACUACUACAGGGUACUAGGCGUUACUCGAUCUGCUUCAGAGGCAGAAAUAAAAAAAUCUUACAGGAAACUAGCUCUGAAAUGGCAUCCUGACAAGAAUCCAGAUAAUGCUGAUGAAGCUAAUAAACGAUUCAAAGAAAUAUCAGAGGCUUAUGAAGUUCUUUCAGAUGCAAACAAGCGGAAAUUAUAUGAUGCACGGGGUUCCAGUCAUCACGCGCACAGAUAUCAAAGCAAGAAUGGAGUCAAUGGGCAUCGGCACUUUAACUUCAGAGGGUUUUUUGGAGACACGCCAUUCCACCGCUUUUUUGAAAGGAAGCGGCGAGUGUAUGAUCAGUACGGCAAAGAAGGAUUGAACAACGGCAGAGGCAGACGUUCCGCUCCCGACGACGAUUACGACUUCGGCUACCCUAGUUUCCCGUUCACAUUCCGUGACCCCGAAGAGGUUUUCAGAGAAUUCUUCGGCGGGUCUCCGCUCGGCGAUUUAUUUGCUGAAAUCAAUGGUCAUGGAAAUCAUCAUAGGCACGGCCGUAGAAGCCACCCGAGCACUUCCCUCACGUCAUCCCUGUUCAGUCCAUUUGGGUUCGGCAUGCAUGGACUCGACGACAUAUUCGCCCACGCCGCGUCCAAUGGGAACACUUUCACUUCAUUCUCGACAUUCAAUAGUUCACUGGCGGGCCCCGGCAGUGCCAACAUGAGAAGUACUACCACCACCACGCGCAUCGUCAACGGAAAGAAGAUUACUACUAAGAAGGUGACGGAGAACGGUCGCGAGACAGUAAUGUCGUACGAGAAUGGGGUCCUGAAAUCAAAGACUGUCAAUGGCGUACCUCAAUCAUUAACAUAUAGUUAAACUAUAAUAUAAUAGCUUAUAACCAAACUUGAUCCAAAUCUACUCAACAUGUUUGCGAUUUAUGAGUUCCAACUUAUAAUUUAUAAUUUUGCUUUAUUUAAACAUGUUGUUCCAGUCACUGUAAAUUUUAGUGGUGGAAAGUCUAAACUAAAAUAAUGCCUAUCUAAUUUUAGUUGUAAUAGAUUACUAUAAUUUUGCUUCUUUACCUACUUAUGUUAACUUUAAAUAAUUAUAAUUUGAGUGAGAUUUUAGAGUAUUGCUCAAUGUAUAAAUCUCGCUCUAGGAGUUGUAGGUUCCGUUUGUCGUCGCACGUGCACUGCCGAUGAUCUCUGAUUCAAUAACAAGCUUGUAUGUUACUGUUUCUGGAAAUGACACCACAAACUUAUUAGACUUUGUGUACAGCGACGAUAAUUUUAUUUGCUGCCAAGGUAAGUUUUAUUUUAUAGCAACUAGGGUAUAGAAAUAUAAUCACAGUUACUUUUAAUUUCGACUUUUGUAAACAUUUACGACAUACGAUAUAAACAAAAAUUCAAAACAUAAUGUUAAAUGAAACUUUAUUUAAAUUGAUGGCAUUUUAAUUUUUUAGUUAUUAUGUUAUAAGAAUUUCAUGUUGAUAGACAAGCUUUAAUCGACUGGAAAAAUAUCGUCAGAUGUUUCAACAUCAAUUGCGUAACUUUAUUAAGUGGUACUUAUAAUAAUAUUUCUGUGUAGCGAACUCUUCUAUACUUAUGACAUAGACACCCUACCUUAGUCAUCUCAAUUCCUUGUAAACAUAGUCAUGUGUGUCAAAUAUUUUUAAAUGAACUGUUUUCUUCAACAAACAAGACUUAAAAUUGUUCAAGAUUUUUAAUAAGAAGUGAACAAUAGUAUUUGCUCUUUUUGCAAAAUGAUUGAUACAAAGUGAAACGCUCAAUCUUUCGGUACCAAAUUUUUACUUCUUCACUGACAUAAUUACAAUUAUGGUAUCAAGGCUUCGUUGAUUACAAUAAAAAGUUACACUUUAUCCUGAACAAUUCAGAUAAGUAGAAACCUUUUGUAGACAUGUUAAAUCCACAACUAUUGUGACACAAAAUCAUAAUUUGUGUUUUACUUAUGUUUGUAUAACAUUUUAUUAUAAUGUGUUUGCCAAAAAAUAGCUUUGUAAGUUAGAUUUUGCCAAGAUUUUGUUCAAAUUUUGUAUUGGGUAUUUGAUGAAGUCAUUAAACAUAAAAUUACCGAUACUGUGUUAUAGUAGUAGUAAAACAUUGUUUCACGUGGAAAUACUACAUCAUAAUGUACUUAAUAUUUCUGUUGCAAAGAAUUUGAUUUAAAAUUGCAGUUUCAUAAUAUUCUAAUAAUAUAGUGCAACCGUUGCCGCUUUACAUUAGUAAAUAGUGCCAUUACUAAACCAGAGAAAGCAAGCCUAGCACACAUUAAAUGUAAAUAAUAAUGUUUAACUGCAAGAUCUCGUUCUUAAAUUGUCAGCAACUAUUAAGCACUGCAGGAGGAAUUAAUAAAUAAAAAUAAUUUGUA